UUUGGAAAAGCUGACUAAAAUUUCUUCUACAAAAGACGGCAGCAACAAAAACGAGAAGCUUUUAGUCUUUACUUCCGAUUGAGAUCCGACACAGCCAUUUGAACUCCGGCAGCAAGCCGAAGAGAGCUGUUGCGUUGUCGUUUUGCUCUUUUCCUCACAUUCUGCAUGGAUCCUCACAAUUUUGGCAAUCAUCCACGACUGAAGCCACCGAUUGUUAUAACUGGAACAGCAAAGGAACGUGGUACUGGCCCACCUAUUGGUCUAACUGACAUAGGUAUAAGUGAAGAGGCCUACCUUUUCCGGGUUGCACUGCCUGGCCUCAGGAGAAAUGAAUGUAAGGUGAAAUGUGAGAUUCUACAUAAUGGAACUGUUCAUGUAAGAGGAGAGGUAACACCUGAAGGAGGAAUUUUGAAAGAUUCCUCAAGUGUGUUCCAGUUGCGGGUCCAGCAACUUUGCCCACCUGGACCAUUUACCAUUUCCUUUAAAUUACCUGGACCUGUUGACCCUCGACUCUUCUCCCCAAACUUCCGUGGCGACGGUAUAUUUGAAGGGGUGGUUAUGAAACAUAGAGUACCUAUUAUUCAUAUAGAUAGUUGAACCCUGCCCUCAUGAGGUUGCAGUCAGGAGCUCAGUUCCAUCGAGUCCUGAAGGUGCAAAGGUAGGCGUACACGUACUGUAGAACACAAGGCUAGGUUUAAUUUACUUUUCUUUGGGAAAGAAGGAAACAUGCUUCAGAAUUUGCUAGCUCAGGCGUUCCCUUUUAUGUUAUUUUGAUGUUAUGCUUAAUCCAAUACAUCUUACCCUGUACUCUUAAUGAAAAAUUUCCGAUCCUGAAUAUCUGAAACUUAUUUUUUUAA